AUGGCGUGGGGCAAGAAAGUGCAGCCCCAGCCCUCGACGAUUAGACGACAAAGGGCGCACGGGGAGAACGAGGGCAGGCGCAACGCGCUUACGCACGACUUCCGUGUCGCAUUGCCAUUCCCGACCUGGCGCACUCUGCGCAAAUUGAAAUCUCACGGGGCGCGACUGUUGAAAAGGCUCAACGUGCUGACACAAACCUUGCGCUCGCGCACCUACAGUCAAAUCCUACCACUCAUCAUCACCUUCGCCUUUAUUGGUGGUGUGGCUUGGGUGCUCUGGCAAGUUCACAUUUCUGUGGGCAAGAUCCAGGAAUCAGCCUCGGAGAAGAUGGGCAAGAAGAACGUCGUCUUCACUAAGGACGGUGUUCGCGUCGGCGUCAAGCACACUUCCAACGAGCGAUACGUCGACCAGACCCAAAAUUGGGUCGUCAAAGCCUGGAAUCUCAGCGGCAAUACUGUCGGGCAGAUGAAGAAGACCAAGUAA